CUGUGCGCGCGCGCGCUGUACGGGCACGCGCGCUCUCGCGGGAUGACGUCACAUGCCGUUCCCUACAACAUGGCGGCGGAGUGUGUGUGAGGAGGCGGAAGUGUUGUGGUCUGUGAGUAUGUGACUGCCCCCUGCAGGCUGGAGAGAGUGAGUGUAUCUCACCAUGAACAACAAAGACACCACCACUGAGGCUGAGAAUAAUCGUCAGAUGAAGGUGUUUCUGCCCAAUAAACUGUUGGAGUGUUUGCCUCGGACAAACACACUGCCUAAAGAGAGACUCCGCUGGAACACCAAUGAGGAGAUUGCCUCAUACCUGAUCUCAUUUGACCGACAUGAGGAGUGGCUCUCCUGCACACUUAAGACCAGGCCGCAGAACGGCUCCAUCAUUCUGUAUAACAGGAAGAAGGUGCAGUACAGGAAGGAUGGAUACUGCUGGAAGAAACGGAAGGAUGGGAAAACCACACGGGAGGAUCACAUGAAGCUCAAAGUGCAGGGAACUGAGUGUCUCUAUGGUUGUUACGUCCAUUCCUCCAUUGUCCCAACAUUCCACAGGAGGUGCUAUUGGCUGCUGCAGAACCCGGACAUUGUGCUGGUCCACUACCUGAACGUGCCGAAUGUGGAGGAGGGAGGGAAGGCAUGCGGGCCAGUGCUGUGUGCUGUAACUGAGCGGCGAGACGGCCUGCGCUGGAGCCGAGACGAACUGCUCUCACAACUUAAACCCAUGUUUCACAGUAUGAAGUGGUGUGGCAGUGGAAAUGGAGCGGAAGUGUCCAUAGAGCAGCUCGUGCAGCAGAUCCUGGAGUCACAACAGACCAAACCACAACCACGCACACACACCUGCCUCUGUAACCAUGCUUCUUCUGGGAUGAACAUUCCACAUCGGUGUAACAGCACCAAACAUCGCAUCAUCUCCCCGAAGCUGCCUUGUGGCCCCGCCCCCUACCUCACUGAAGUCCAGAACCUAACCCCUGACGGCUCAGUCAGCCGAGAUGAAGGUGCAGUGGACAGUGUUGCAGGAGGUGUGGCCAGUGAGAAAACCCAGCCCUCUAGUCCAGCAGUUGCCCUAGACACCGGGACUUCAGCUCUGCCUUUAUCCUCCUCUUCCAGCCCGCCCCAAACACAGCACACAGCAACACUUGCCCUCGGCAACGGCAACGGUUUUUACGGUGAGCAGCACGGCAGCCUGGCAGCGGUAGCUCUCCCUCAGAAUGCCGUAAUCGUCAUGACAACAGCAGCGGCGGCUGCAUUGGGCCGGGGAGGGGAGGAGUCUAAAGCCGAACUUAGUUCUGCGCACCUGUCACUUACACACACUGGAGGGCGCCUUGUCCUAUCACCUGUCCCGACCAAACAGGAGACCCCCCCUCCCAGCCCUGCCCCGGUGCCAACUCAUUCAGUGCCGCCCAGUCAGGGUGUUGCAACGCUCUCCCUCACUCUUCUGCCAAAUCCUGUAAUUGGAGGACUGCUGUUGACGGAUCGCAUAAUUACAGACAAGUCUAGCGCUGUGCUCCGCCCCUCGUCUCCCUCUCCGUCCCUAAUGCCAUCUCCUUCUGCACAGACUGGCUCUGUAACUGGUCCCACCCCCGCUGAGCCACUGCCCUUUGACCCAGAUUCUUUCCUUAACAGCCCCAAACAGGGCCAAACCUAUGGUGGCUCCUCCCUCUCCCCGGUUACCAGGGCUAACUCCGCCUCUUUCUCCCAAAGCCCGCCUCUAUCGUCCUCUUCACAGCCUCCAUCGUUGGCACUGACUCUUUCUCCAACCUCUCCACCCUCAUCUCUCUCCUCUCUAUCUCCUCCCACAUCUACACCAAACUCUUCCUCCCUGUCUCCUUCACUCUCCUACUCACUCUCUCCUUCUUGCCCCACCCCCUCUCUUCCACCUCUUUGUCUUGACUCCUCAUUGGCUCUUGAUUCACUGAACCACCCACUAAGCCCCACCCUAGAAGCUCAGGUCUCCUCACAACGACUGGACAUGACCCCCCAAAACUCUGCCAGAGACGGUCAGGCUUUUCUGAUUGGUCAAGAUGAAGUCUCGCCUGACCUGCUGUCACUCAACUGCACACAUAAUCAGCUGUUGCCUUCCCAGCACCCGACAUCCCGUCAGCAGUCAAGCAGUCUGUCAGCCAAUCAGCUACCACUCAGUCAGCUUUCGCCCAAACACCUGGAGACCAAUCAACUUCAAGCUGAUGAAGAGAGGGCAGGGCUUAGGUUUCAGGUGGAAGCACAUUUCCCGAUGAGCCAGGUGCACUCGCAGUGUUUGAGGCCUCCAGGGCGGGGACUGCGCCACAGCCUCAGCCAACCAGCUCUUCUCAUGCACAAUCACACACACCCUGAUGCAAUUACUGAAAUACACCAGCAAGCUCAUACACACACUCUCGUUGCACAGGUAAGCUCUGUUCAGGUGAAGGAGGAAAAAUCUUCACCCAUAACUCCCACAAUUCUGCGCGAACUGGAGUGUGAGGAGAUACCAAUGGACACUGCUCACAGUUCUGACAGCAUCCCCCAGGAGCACACAGAGGAGGCGGAGCUAUCAUUUGACUCCACCUUUCCUGACCUUAUAUCUGAGCUCAUCACUGAGGAGACAGCCAGCCACUCCGCCUGUGCAAGCCUAAACUCUGCUUCUGCAACACUCACUUACCCAGUAAGGUAUAUGGCCCCGCCCCAGCCGAUGCCCUCCACCUCCUACCUGCCUUACACACUCCUCACACAGACGCACAAUAAUUCCAGUACACACUCCGGACUCGGGGAGGAGCCUCAGCGUCUUGCUAGCAUCACCGAUUUCUCACCUGAGUGGUCAUAUCCAGAGGGUGGAGUCAAGGUGUUGAUCACAGGUCCUUGGUCAGAGGUGAGCUGCAGGUACUCGUGUGUGUUUGAUCAGAGUACAGUACCUGCUUCACUCAUCCAACCCGGGGUCCUGCGCUGUUACUGCCCAGCUCAUGAAGCAGGUCUGGUGGCUCUGCGUGUGCUGAAAGACUCGGAUGCCGUGUCUUCUUCAGUGCUGUUUGAGUAUCGAGCUCGAAACGCAACGUCCUUACCGAGUUCACAGCUGGACUGGCUCUCUUUGGAUGAUAAUCAGUUCCGCAUGUCCAUCCUGGAGAGACUGGAGCAGAUGGAGAGGAGGAUGGCCGAGAUGGCGAGCCACAAUCAUCAGCAGCAGCAACAGCCGCAGUGGUUGUCACGGCAACAGAGUACUCCUCACUCCACGCUGCGCCUCACUCCCGAAAACCAGUCUGGGCUGUGGUUUGAGCGCCGGAUCGUGAAUGUGUGUGAGCAGAUGAUGAGUGGAGGACGGUGGGGGGGUGCUGAGAGACUCACACACUGCGUCAGACACAGAGGGAUGACGCUACUGCACCUCGCUGCUGCGCAAGGAUACACACACCUCAUACACACUCUCAUUCGCUGGAGGACUCAGAGUGCUGACAGUUUGGAUCUGGAACAGGAAGUGGAUCCCCUGAAUGUAGAUCACUUCUCCUGCACGCCGCUGAUGUGGGCGUGUGCUCUAGGCCACCAGUCCGCUGCAGUGGUGCUGUACAGGUGGAGCAGCGUGGCCCUGAUGAUCCCCGACUCCCUCGGCCGUCUCCCUCUCGCUGUGGCUCGCUCGCGGGGACACACCCGUCUUGCCUGCUGCCUCGAAGAGCUGCACACACACACACUCCUACAGACACACACACUGGACGUCACACACAACCAGUCACAUACACUGGACACAUCACCACCACCUCCACUGCCCCUGUCUCCGCUAUCUACAAGUCCUGAUACAGGUCUGAGCUCCUCCAGUAGUAUUCCUUCCCCCAGUGACCCCCCCUCCCCUUCACCUAGCUCCGCCUACUCUAGUGGUUCAGCCCCGCCCACCUCUCCUCUGUCCCCUCCUGACCCAAUGGAUACCUCCUGUGACUCCUCCCCACGUUCCUCCCCAACGCCGCCCCUUCAGUGCCCAACCCUUAACAACAUGGACACACACUUCCUGUUGGACUCUCCCCCACACUCACACACAGACCUGGAGCACACACACUCACAUACACACUCCUCAUUCGAGGCUGAACUGCUCAGUUACAGUGAGAAUGUGGAGAACGAGGACUACCUGCCUGCUGAGGUCUUACAGGUUGAUAUGGCAACACUGGCUGAGCAGAUAAUUGAGGCAACUCCAGAGCGGAUCAAGCAGGAUGAGUUUCCCAGGGGGGCGGAGUCACCACUCAGAGAGAGGCGGGACAAUGCAGCCAUUCACGACACCAUGCCGUGGCUCGCACCCUACCUGGAUACUGUAGACCGGUGUGUGUGUCCAACCCCAGAGCCCCCUUCCCCUCUCAGUGCUUUAGCUCUGCAGAGGCUCCGCCCGCCGAGUAGUGCAGCAUGGGCGGAGUUUUUGAAUGCCUCGGCCAAUGGGAGGAUGGAGAGAGACUUUGCGUUGCUCACACUCACGGACAGCGAGCAGCGCGAGCUCUAUGAAGCUGCUCGCAUCAUCCAGAACGCCUUCCGUAGAUACAAGGGGCGGAGACUAAAGGAGCAGCAGGAUAUGGCGGCUGCAGUGAUCCAGCGAUGCUACAGGAAGUACAAACAGCUAACAUGGAUUGCUUUGAAGUACGCUCUGUAUAAGAAGAUGACGCAGGCAGCGAUCCUGAUCCAGAGUAAGUUCCGCAGUUACUACGAGCAGAAGAAAUUCCAGCAGAGUCGCAGAGCCGCGGUUCUCAUUCAGCAGUACUACCGCAGCUACAAGGAGUACGAGCGCAUCAAACAGGGGGGGAGAACCGGCACAGGGCUCUCCAGCAAGAUGAAAGGCUCCUUUCUCACCAAGAAACAGGAUCAGGCAGCUCGCAAAAUCAUGCGCUUCUUUAGACGCUGCAGACACAGGAUAAAGGAGCUGAAGCAGAGCAAGGAGCUGGAGAGGAGAGGCCUGACCACCUAAUUCCAUACACACACACACACACACACACACACACACAUUUUCCUUAUAUGUUUACAGUUGCUUACUAAAAUAACUAGGGAGACACCUGACCUCCUGCAUGUCCUCUGUCUCCUGCCCUUUAACUCCCGCACUUGAACAGGACACCUGGGACUCCGUGGCACUUUCCUCCUCACCUUCCCCUUUAUGGCGUUAGCUAGCGAGCGACGUUCUGGCCUAGCGAUGCAUGUUAGCUGAGCGUUUAGCUGCUUGAACACUUUCAGACUCGUCCUGCUUUUUUAUUUGUUGCGGCGUGUCGUACCAGACGCUUCUCUAUAACUGUAAUCCUCCGCCUGUAUAAACCUGUAAACUACACACAGUGAAAUUAUUGUCUUGGAUAUGAAUUUAUUUCUGCUUUGAUGUUUCAGCAUGUUUUUUUACGACUCAGUGUUUACCUGCUCAGCGAGUGACGACUGCACUGACCCUCAGUCUUACACCUUGUCCCCAUGUCCACUUCCCUCUCGCUCACCUCUGCCGCCCCUUGCUAGUUUUUGCACACUUUUGAGUGGUUAGGGGACGUGGAUAAUGGAGUGUGUGUGUGUGUGUGUGUGUGUGUGUGUGUGUGUGUGUUUGUAAAUAGAAACACAGAGGUCUUGUAUAACACAGAGGUGCACUUCAUACAGGGUGAGGUAUAAAGUCUUAAGCAGAUGCGGGUGUUUUAUGGACUGAUGUGACGCUCAUCAGACUCCAGCUGUACUUUUUCAUGUUUCACUUAGAAUGAAUUUUCCUGAGCCUGAUGCAGUUUUGUGUGUGUGUGUGUGUGUGUUGCUGUGACUGUACCACUGCACUGAAACCUGAACCAUAGACAUCAUUAAUCACGUGACUUUAAAGUCUGUUUUUAGAUACAAAUGUGUAAAGGUGUUUAAGUGCAGGUGUUUAUGAAGCCUUGUGGAGACGAGUUUGUGUUCGGUCAUAAACUACUGAAGCUCUGAGUGAGCUUCCACACCUUCCUCUGUAAAUACACUCACUCGUGUGUGUGUGUGUGUGUGUGUGUGUUUUAAUCCGCCAUCUGAGAGAUGACUCCAGCGUAUCAGUCAGUGUAAACGAGUCGGAUUAAUAACCUUAUUAAGCUAAAUUAAAGUUUGGAAUGUACUCACCUCGCUGUGUUCUGAUAAUAAUGUUAAAAUGUUUUAGAUUGUAUUUUAUGUUUUUAUUUAAGUUAUUGCUGUAUGGAUUUAUUUCUCUUAACAUCAGCACCAGGCCAGGAGACACACACACACACACCUUUUGUCCCCUUUUUUUUUGUAUUGUGCAGUGCCUUGAAGUUUUUAAUGCAGUAUCUCUCUCUCUCUCUCUCUCUCUCUCUCUCACACACACACCCCACACACGAUUAGAUAGCUUAUAUUGUUUUGCAGAUUGUUAUGCAUAUGAAUUUGUGUGUGUAUAUAGAUACAUAUAUAUACAAACACACGUGUUAUGCAUUAAUGUGUAAAUACUGUACAUUUAUAAAGAGCUGUUGGACACAUUUAUAUAUAUUAUAUUAUAUAUUUAACAGGACUGUACUGGUGUCUUUCUGACACAUGGUGGCGCUCUGAGUCUGCAUGAGUUCCUUUAAUACUUUCCUUUCAGAUGAUAAGAUGUGCAGGUGUUUAAAGGUUGUAUUUAUGACUAUCAUGGCUUCUGGUGGUUUUUCCUGGAGAUCAGUCGCUCGGUGUUCAGGCUGUUUUUCAUAAUUAACGAUUCUUCAUUAAAAAUGUCUGUGUUUGAAAA